AUGAAGUGUGUGAGUGGAUUGGCUCUCGUGGCUGGCGUGUCGCUCGCCCAGGCGCUGUCCACUGCAUCACUCACGGCAGCACAAAGCGCGGUUACUUCUUCAGGGCUGUUCCCAUAUGAGUCACUGCAGCUGACCGAGGGUGCACUCAGUGAUGUCUCUAAGGCCUUGCAGAACCAGACUGUUGCUGGCAUGUUUGAUUUUGCCAACACCACCAAUUCGAGCACCACCAUGGUUAAACGAAGUGCUCAGCACCAUUGCAAGCCGAUGCCUGGUGAUUUGCUGUGGCCAGCAAAGCUUAUUUGGGAUGUCUUUGAUGUGCUUCUCGGCGGCAGCCUGAUCAAGACUGUUCCUUUGGCGGCCUACUGCUAUCCAGAAUGGCCAGAGUACAAUGCCACCAAGUGUGCGAGCAUUACAGCGGACUGGCUUGACUCAGACUUGCACAUGAAUGACCCUACAUCAAUCAUGUUGCCGUUGUAUGAAGGUCGUACUUGUCUUCCAUCGCCGUAUAAUUAUACCUCCACCUGCAAGCAAGGCGCCUACCCUGCGUACGCGGUGAAUAUCUCCACCGUGGCACAGAUCCAGCUGGCAGUCAACUUCGCCCGGAACUUGAACCUGCGUUUGGUGGUGAAGAACACCGGCCAUGACUUCAACGGUAAGGCCGCUGGAAAGGGGGCUCUAAGCAUCUGGACCCACUACCUCAAGGACAAGGAGUACCUACCAACCUACAGGGCCCCUAAUGGCUAUGUUGGCCCGGCAAUCAAAUUUGGCUCUGGUGUCCAAGUUUGGGAAGCGUAUGAGUUUGCCAAGAGCGUUGGCCACUCAGUUGUCGGUGGAGAGGCGGUAACCGUUGGUCUGGGUGGUGGCUAUACAGCUGGUGGUGGCCACUCUCCCCUAUCCAGUUUGUACGGCAUGGCAGCCGAUCAGGUUCUAUCAAUGCAAGUCGUUCUUGCGGAUGGUCGCUUCAUCACUGCUAGCUCUACCGAGAACUCGGAUGUUUUCUGGAUGCUCCGUGGUGGAGGUGGUAGUACCAUCGGUGUUGUCACCUCUCUGGUUGUCAAGGCUCUGCCCAAGCUGGAGACCACUACGGUGACGUUUAACUUCACCGUCAGUGAUACUCCUGGCCCGGACGCUUUCUGGGCUGCGGUUCGGUCAUACCUGGACAACUUCGAAGCCUUUGUUGAUGCUGGUACAUAUGGUUACUACUACAUUGGCGCAGACUCAGCUGAAAUUGGCACGGCCUAUGCUGGUGAUACCGACUAUUACUUCCGGAUGGAAUCAUUCGUUGCGCCGAACAUGACUAUCGCAGAGACCAAGGCUCUUAUUGCUCCAUGGUUCAAUGCCCUUAACAACUUGAAUGUCACCUACACUCCGUGGUAUAACCAUGCAGACAACUUCCACGAUGCUUGGGUGGAGGCUUUUCCACAAGAAUAUGUCGGAACUGACAUCGUCAAGACUGCUUCCCGACUACUCCCCCGUAGCGUCUUCCAAAGCGAUGAUCUCCGCAACCAGACCUUGACAGCCUAUAAGGACGCUGUGGACAAGGGUCUCUUCCUUGCCGGUUUCCAUAUCAGUGGUACCGGUAUUGCCGUCGAACCACCAAAGGAUAACUCCGUGCUGCCUGCAUGGCGUGACACAAUGACCCAUAUCAUUGUGGGCUCUGAGUGGAACUUCACCAGCACCUGGGAUGUAAUUGAGAGUUCCUCGCUCUUCGUGACAGAGUGGAUGGAUGUACUUCGCCAGAUUGCUCCCGACUCCGGCGCCUACAUGAGUGAAGCAGAUCUCCUGGAGCCAAAUCAACAGCAAGCUUUCUACGGUACCAACUACCCACGUCUCUACUCACUAAAGCAGAAGUAUGACCCCACUGGUCUUUUUUUCGCUCUUACUGCUGUCGGCGCCGAGGACUGGGAGGUUCAGACUACUGAUCCCCUUCCCUAUUCGUGGAACAACAACGGGCGACUGUGCCCCAAGUCGUCUUAA